CCGGCGGCGACCCUCAGCCUGCGACCCCUGACCCCGCGCGGACCGGCCCCUGACCCCUGACCCCGCACGGACCGGCCUCUGACCCUGACCCCGCACGGACCGGCAUCUGGACCCCCCUCCGACCCGUGGCUGCACCCCGAGGAUGUUCUCGGAGCGGGCCGCCCCCACGGCGCAGGGGCUGCUGGCCCCCCCUUCGGGCGAGCCCCCCACCUUUCCCCGGGUGCCCGUGGCGGCCUACUCGGACCUGUCGCAGCCGUUCCGGCUGGGCGAGCGCAGCUUCUGCCGGCAGUACGCGCACGUGUACGCCGUGCGCCUGGCCGGCAUGCGGCCCUGCCUGGAGCGCCGCGCCCGCGGCCGCUGGGGGGAGGACAUUGCCCUGCGGAGGCUCUCGGAGCUGCAGGAGGGAGAGAAGUGCUGCGUGGUGGGGACGCUCUUCAAGGCCAUGCAGCUGCAGCCCUCCAUCCUGCAGGAGAUCAGCGAGGAGCACAACCUGGUGCCUCAGCCCCCCCUGCCCAAGUACAUCCAGCCCUGUGACGAGCUGAUGCUGGAGGACGAGCUGCAGAGGAUCAAGCUGGAGGGAGCCAUUGACGUGCAGAGGCUGGUGACAGGGACCAUCGUGGCUGUGUAUGGCCGUGAGGAAGAGGAUGGCAAGUUCCUGGUGGAGGAUCACUGCCUGGCCGACCUGCCGCCGCCGCUGCCCUGGAGCGGGCCCAGCUCCGACCGGUUCGUGCUGCUGGCCUCGGGGCUGGGGCUGGGCAGCAUGAGUGGGGAGGCCCUGCUGAGCACUCAGCUGCUGGUGGACGUGGUGACAGGGCAGCUGGGUGCAGAGGGUGAGCAAAGCUGUGCUGCCCACAUCACCCGAGUCAUCCUGGCCGGGAAUCUGCUGAGCCAGAACACCCAGAGCCGAGACACCAUCAACAAGGCCAAGUACUUGACCAAGAAGACGCAGGCUGCAAGUGUGGAGGCUGUGAAGAUGCUGGAUGAGAUCCUGCUGCAGCUCUGUAGCUCCGUGCCCGUGGACGUGAUGCCCGGCGAGUUCGACCCCACCAACUACACGCUGCCGCAGCAGCCGCUGCACCGCUGCAUGCUGCCCCUGGCCAGCGCCUACGCCACGCUGCGCCUCGUCACCAACCCCUACCAGGCCAGCCUGGACGGGGUCAGGUUUUUAGGGACAUCGGGACAGAACAUCAGUGACAUCUUCAAGUACAGCAGCAUGGACGACUACCUGGAGAUCCUGGAGUGGACACUGCUGGCGGGACACAUCAGCCCCACGGCCCCAGACACCCUGGGCUGUUACCCGUUCUACAAAUCCGACCCGUUCAUCCUCACCGAGUGCCCUCACGUCUACUUCUGCGGCAACGCGCCCCGCUUCCAGUCCAAGGUGCUCCAAGGGAAGGAGGGGCAGCGGGUGCUGCUGGUGACGGUGCCAGACUUCAGUGCCACGCAGACCGCCUGCCUCGUCAACCUGCGCGACCUCAGCUGCCAGCCCAUCACCUUCUCCAGCUUCGGGGCUGACUCUGAGGACGGGGACAUGGAAGUUGGACACUGACCACAGGGAGGGCACAGACUGCACAAGCCCCCACCCCUCAAGGGGUCCUGGCACUCGCUGUCGUUCUCUGUUGUCUGGGAGGGCGACAGAGCUGGGGAAGCACCGGAGGGACCAGAUGUUCAUACCAAUAUAACUUGAUUUAUUUGUGUAACAAAAA